AUGGAAGGACCCAAAGAAACCCGCGAUGGCGGGCGGAGACUUGACACCGGGUUCGAGAUAUCACCCUUCAGCAGCCCUGCCAUCAGAGUCCAGCUCGCAGACGGUUUCCCGCUCACGAUCCACCGCGCAGUCCUCCUCCAAUGCUCGAAACUUGUCCACCUGCUCGACCCGUCCACCGAGAGUAUCGACCUUCGUCGGUUUUCUUGCACUGCGGGCCAUGCCCUGGUCCAGUACCUCUACAGCAAAGAGUAUAGACUCUUGAAGUGGACAGGGCCCGUUGACCCUUCGUUCGACAUCGAGUUGUGGGAGCUCAAGCUCAAGUUCGAAAUCUACACUCUGGCUCGGACGAUCGGGUUGGAUGGUCUCGACAAAAAAGUCAGGAGCGAUAUCGAGUGGGUGGCACGCGAUCUGGAAGUUUGCACCGUCAUCGAGGUUGUUCAAGCGGCCUACCCGGUACCCAUCGGCAAUGACACUUGGUUUCCGCGCUGGAUCCGUUCGCUGGUCAAGCAGACCUUCCAGGACUCCCGGAAGCUGUCCAAGGCCGUCGCCCCUUCUCAGUCCGGCAAUGGCACUUCAGUGGUCAAACUCCUGUUUGAAUGCAUGCUUGAGACAUACACGGAUAUGCUCGAAUCGCUCAGUGGCCGGGAUGGUGCGGCUGGCAAUGCCACAGCUGCCGAACCGGACACGCCGGCAACAGGAAGCGAUUGGAGCGACAUUAUGACGAGCAAGGCCGACAGGGGCGUGGACGAUCUAUAUGGUGUGGGCUCGCUGCCGGCAUCUGAUCACGAAGAGUAUCAAGGGUUCCUUGGAACGCCGAGCCCCGAACCUCUAGCAGAGCUAGAUCCGGUGCCAGAGCUACAACCAGAACCAGAACCAGAAAUGGAGCCGGCAGCAGCGCCCAUACUAGAGCCAGAGCCACAAGUCGAGCCAGCGCCGGAGCCAGAACCAGCUGCACAGUUUGCACCUGAACUUGACCUCAUGCCAGCGGCACAGGAUGAGCCGGUGCCGGAGCCUCGAGUUUAUGAGCGGAAGAAAAAGGCCAAAAAGAUCAUUGAGCCUGAACCUGAGCCUGGACCUGAGCCUGAGGAUGAGCCACUCCGAAAACUGGAGCCAAUGCCUGAGUCUGAGCCGGAGCCAGAGCCAGAGCCCGAAUCUGCGCCGGAGCCGGAGCCGGAGCCUCAGGUUCCUAGACGGAAAAAGAAGGUUAAAAGAUUGACCGAGCCUGAGCUGGAGGUUGACCCGCUCCCAGAGCCAGAACCAGAGCCGGAACCGGAACUGGAAGAAGAGCCUGGUACCGAGCCUGCUACCGAGCCUGCUCCCAAGCCGGAACCAGAGCCGGCCCCUGAACCCCCUCAAGAACCAGUUCCCGAAGUACACCCGGAACCCGUGGAAGAAUUGGCGCGCGCGAGAUCCCCUGUGUCACGCCCGGCGGAGGUCGCGCCCGAACUGGCACCUCAACCAGCAGCAGAACGAUACCCGAUGGGAUGGGAACCCCAAUCCCCGACCCUGCCUCAACCCGAGCGCCAGUUUUAUGCCUCCAGCUCUGGGUUUACAACAUGGACGCCUCCUCCGCCCCGGCCCCUACAACCCGUGCGGAGUGCGGAGGCAGAGGAGGAACGCCCGCGGGACCCAUGGGGUUUCUGGGGCGUGAGGAAGGAGAGGAGGUCACCGUGA